UUCCUACAUAAAGGAGUGCCCUGUAUCAGCUCCAACGCAAAGCCAACUAAUAUAACCAGUAAACAAACUCUCUUUUCUUUCUCUCCAUGGCUGAAUUACCAUCUCCCGAACAACCACGUCCACCAUCGUCCCCUUCCACGAUGGUCAAAGGUGGCUCGAACUACCCUGUCCACCAGACCUUAGCCAGUGCAGCUAAUCUUGCUAACCUUCUACCUACCGGCACAGUCCUCGCCUUUCAGACCCUCACUCCUACUUUCUCCAACAAUGGGUCCUGCCAACUUUCCAAUAAGUUCCUUACAGCAUCUAUCAUUAUAUUUUGUGCUCUCCUUUGUUUCUUAUCUUCAUUUACAGAUAGCUUCAAGGACAAUGGUACUGAUGGGAAACUCUAUUAUGGCAUCGCCACAUUCAAAGGCCUCUACAUCUUUAACUACAGUAAACUUGAGAACAUUAACACGGAUUUGGAAAAGUAUAAGAUCAAGUUCUUAGAUUUUGUUCACGCCUUUAUGUCGCUCUUUGUGUUCUUGAUCUUUGCUCUUAGCAACUCCCAUGUGCAAAGCUGCUUCUUAACUGGCGUGGGAAUAAACUACAGUGAGUUAGCAAUGAAUUUGCCACUAGGGGCUGGGAUUUUAUCAAGCUUCUUCUUCACAAUCUUUCCAACUGCUCGUAGAGGGAUCGGAUACACAGACAUGGUGCCCCAAGCAUAAUAUAUAGUAGCUUUUGUAAAACAUAAAUUAUGUAGAUGUGCAUUCCAAAGAAAACAAAAUUAUGGAGAUUUGGCUGUUGAUAU